AUGCUCGCGUGUGAAGAUGAGAUCCGUUCGAUCGAGAAAAACAAUACGUGGACUCUUAUGGAGUUACCACAUGGUGCUAAGGCAAUUGGAUUGAAGUGGGUGUUCAAGCUCAAGAGGAACUCUGAUGGAAGCAUUAACAAACACAAAGCUAGGCUUGUUGCCAAGGGAUAUGUUCAACGUUAUGGAAUAGACUUUGAGGAAGUGUUUGCACCAGUAGCUCGGCUCGAAACAAUACGGUUUCUAAUUGGUCUUGCUGCAUCAAGAGGAUGGGAGAUACAUCAUCUUGAUGUCAAGACAGCUUUUCUCCAUGGAGAGUUAAAAGAAAUCGUCUAUGUCUCGCAGCCAGAGGGUUUUGAAGUAAAAGGGAGUGAGAACAAAGUCUAUAAGCUCCAUAAGGCACUAUACGGUCUGAGGCAGGCACCAAGGGCGUGGAACAAUAAGUUGAAUCAGAUUCUCAUGGAACUUAAGUUUGUUAAGUGCUCAAAGGAACCAUCGGUUUAUCGCAAGGCUAUUGGUGAUAGUCUCCUCCUUAUCGCCGUGUAUGUUGAUGACUUGUUCGUUACAGGAACUAACAGAAGGAUCAUUGAUGAGUUCAAAGACGAGAUGGCCACCAAGUUUGACAUGAGUGACCUCGGGAAGUUAACAUACUACCUCGGAAUGGAGGUGAAACAACACGAUGGUGGAAUAAUGCUUAACCAGAAGCGUUAUGCGUUGAAGAUCUUAGAGGAAGCUGGAAUGGAGAACAGUAAUCCUGUUCACACACCAAUGGAGUCUGGACUGAAGUUGUCCAAGGCCGGAGACGAGACAGAUAUUGACGCCACCCUGUUCAGAAAGAAUGUUGGCUGCCUACGAUAUUUACUUCACACAAGACGGACUUGUGU